AUGGCCUCUGUUGCCACUUCUGCCAACCUACCGGUAGCCCGCGAUAUCCCAACAACUUUCGCCACCUCUUUCGCACAAUGGUGGUGCUCUAAUGCAGACCAGAGUCGAAUGGCCGAAGAGCGCUUGUUCCGUCGGCUUCCCUUUUUCCGUUCCAGCGGGGAUACUACCCCUGUGACUGGUGGAGUUAUCGCCAGGCUCAGAACUCUCGACCUCAGUGGCAAGGGUCGAUAUCUCAACAUGCUCACCAUCAGUCCAGUAGAUUCAGAUUCAAAAGAGAUCACGCAGUUCUCGAAUGUUCCCCCGGUUGUGUUUUUGCCAGGUUAUGGGGCUGGUAUUGGCUUCUUCUACAGGAACUUCGAAGCCAUGGGUCAAUGGGCCGCAAAACGCAAGACCGACGUCUAUGCGCUCGAUUGGCUCGGAAUGGGUCGCUCGGCCCGUGUUCCUUUUAAGAUUAAUGCCAAGCGCGAAGACACUAAGGCGCGAGUUGAAGAGGCCGAAUCUUUCUUCUUGGAUGCCCUGGAGGAAUGGCGUGUCAAAAUGGGGAUUGAGAAAAUGUCGCUCGUCGGACACAGCCUUGGAGCUUAUCUUUCGACGGCAUACGCACUCAAGCACCCAGAGCGCGUGAACCAACUGAUACUUCUUUCUCCUGCUGGCGUUCCCCGUGAUCCGAAUACUACGGAACAGCCUGCUGGUGAAAUUGAUUUAACUCCUGGAGGUCAGGCAGAACAGCGACGGGCCCAACGUGAGGCUAGCACGGGCUGGAAGGAACUUCGAAGCCAGGGUCAAUGGGCCGCAAAACGCAAGACCGACGUCUAUGCGCUCGAUUGGCUCGGAAUGGGUCGCUCGGCCCGUGUUCCUUUUAAGAUUAAUGCCAAGCGCGAAGACACUAAGGCGCGAGUUGAAGAGGCCGAAUCUUUCUUCUUGGAUGCCCUGGAGGAAUGGCGUGUCAAAAUGGGGAUUGAGAAAAUGUCGCUCGUCGGACACAGCCUUGGAGCUUAUCUUUCGACGGCAUACGCACUCAAGCACCCAGAGCGCGUGAACCAACUGAUACUUCUUUCUCCUGCUGGCGUUCCCCGUGAUCCGAAUACUACGGAACAGCCUGCUGGUGAAAUUGAUUUAACUCCUGGUAACAACGGGCUGCUAGCGGAGGUCAGGGCAGAACAGCGACGGGCCCAACGUGAGGCUAGCACGGGCUGGAAGGUCUUUUCUUAUCUGUGGGAAGAGGGAUGGAGUCCUUUCCAGGUUGUUCGAUCAGCUGCCUUCUAUGGACCCUGGCUUGUGGGCAAAUAUUCCAACCGACGAUUUGACCUGACUGAAGAGGAGAAGCGUGACGUGCACGAUUAUAUUUGGCAUAUCACUCGUGCCAGAGGUUCAGGAGAAUAUUGUAUUGGUCACCUUCUUGCCCCUGGUGCUCAUGCUCGAAUGCCACUUGUUGAUCGAAUCAAUGCUCUCCGAAUGCCUAUCACUUUCGCUUAUGGAGACCGUGAUUGGAUGGACCCUGCGGGGGGAAAGGCCAGCAUUGAAAGGCUUAAGGCGGCAGGCAAUGGUAUCAGCAAGAUGUUCAUGGUCCCUGAUUCAGGACAUCAUGUUUAUAUGGACAACGUCUCGGCAGUCAAUAGACUUAUAGUGCAAGAGUUAGAUAGAGUGAUAGAAUUAAACCAGAAUAAUGCCAAAGGAUCCGCAUAA